AUGCGGUCCUUCACUGUGUCCAUCCUCGCUCUCCUCGCGACCAGCGCCGUCGCUAUGCCUGAAGCAUCGCCCAACAUGCUCGAGGCACGCGUGGACUGCAAGCAGAUCCACCCAGCCUGCAACGGCGGCCGUGUCGUCGGACAGACCAACUGUCGUUGCUCGGGCCAGAAGGAGAGAUGUGAUCUCUGGUCGUGCCCCGGCGGGCCUCCCAACGUUAUGGUGUGUGGUCAGGCAGGCACUGGAUGCGUCUGGAUCUAG